ACAAAAUUCAAAUUUAAAAUGAAUAUUUAAAAAAAUGGGUUUUGACUUAGAGCAGAUUUCUUGUAAUCCACCAUCUAGUUCAUCUAGUAGUAACACAAUUUUUUGCAACAAAAACUACAAUAAAGGUGGUCAGUGUGCUAAUCAUUUUUUGACUGAUUUUACUUAUUCAAUUCUGAAGAGAGUUUGCCAUAAAAUAAUCAAAAGCUACAACCGGAAGCAAUGCCUUGAGAAGUAUACGAUAUUCGACGGUGGCAAUAGCAUUUACCCUCGGUGGUCUGAUAAACAAAUUGAUGGAAGUAUGUAUAAAAAUUGUUAUAUCGAUGGUGAUACCGAUCACAAUAAAGAUGCCCUUAAGCGGGAUGGAAACUUUUACUUGAGAGAACAGAACAGGCAUCCAGAUAAUAACGCAGCUGUCCUAGCGAAUGAAAAAUACACGAAAGGUAAUCAAAAAGAAAAGUUAAAGGCUGAAAAAAUAUCAAAUGAGAAGGAUGUAGAUAGAGGGACUGCGAAAAGGAAGAAAGGAAUCGAUGGUGACGGGGAUGAUACGGAAAAUGUGAAAAAAUCGAAAGGGCAAGGCAGCAAAACGAAGCGUGAAGAUAAAUUCAAGGAAUCUCUACCAACAUCAGAAAAAGGAAAAGGACGCAAUGAGGAAAAACAAGUAGACAAAAAGGAUCGGGCUGAUACGGAAAUUGAGAAAAAAUCGAGUAAGCGAGGCAGCAAAAGGAAGGAAGAAGAUAAAGUAAUAGAAUCUCCACCAAAAUCAGAAAAAGAAAAAGGACGCGAUGAUAAAAAUCCAGUAGGCAAAAAGGAUGGCAAAAAGGAUGAUGAUGCAGAAACCGAGAAGAAAUCGAAAGGGAAAGGCAGCAAAACGAAGAGCGAAGAUAAAGUGAAAGAAUCUUCUCCAACAUCAGGAAAAGGACGCGAUGAGAAAAAUCAAGAAGGCAAAAAGGAUGGCAAAAAGGAUGAUAAUGCAGAAAUCGAGAAGAAAUCGAAAGGGAAAGGCAGCAAAACGAAGAGCGAAGAUAAAGUGAAAGAAUCUUCUCCAACAUCAGGAAAAGGACGCGAUGAGAAAAAUCAAGUAGGCAAAAAGGAUCGUGAUGAUACGGAAACAGAUAAAAAAUCGAGUAAGCCCACCGGCAAAAUGAAGGGAGAAGAAAAAGUAAAAGAAACUUCACCAAAAUCAGAAAAAGGAAAAGGAAAAGGCCGCGAUGAGAAAAAUCCAGUAGGCAAAAAGGAUGGCGAUGAUGCGGAAACGGAUAUAAAAGCGAGUAAGCGAGACGGUAAAACGAAAGGAGAAGAGAAGGUAAAAGAAUCUGCAGUAAUAAAAGAAAAAGAAAAAAGGCGGAAAAAGGAUGGCGGGCAAGAAGAUAAAAAGGGUACUGUUCCGAAAAAUCAAAGGUCAUCCGGAAAGGUUGAGGUAAAAGACAAAGAUGAAAAAAAGGGAAAAGAAAAAGGGGGAAGUGCUAAAGCCAAAAAAGGAAAGCCGCUUGCAGUUAAUGAAACUAAUGGAAGAAAGCCUCAUGGAGAAAAUAUCAGCGGAAGAAAAGCACAUAUGACCAAAGAUAAACAGAGAGAUGGAAAGUCCAGUGGCUCAAAAGUUAGGGAAAGCAAGAAAGGAAAAGGCGGCGCAAGGACGUCGAAAAAUAAGCGUUCUGUAAUUGUCAAUUCGAGCAGAUCUAAGGUCCCGAAGGAUAUUAAGGGAACAGUAUCCUGUGUGAGGCUAUCGAGCAUAAACAGCUUGAAUUCGCGGAGGAGACCGUAUCGUGGUGUUGAAGUUCGCUUCUGUGACAUCCUUCGUAUUAAGAUGGAGCAUCGCGAUCUUUCACGGCAAAUGGCAUGCUGUAAUGCCUGCAGACCCUGUAGGCCUCCUCCUUGUAAACCGUGUGUACUUCGGGUUUGUUGAGCCACUUGCAAGUCCUGAUCGUUGCUUUUGUAAUUCUCUUUUCGGCACUUCCUCAAUGGGAAGGUAAUAUUCGUUUUAAAUUCCUGUCUCUUCUCAUUAUCACGACUACACCUUUUAGUUAAUUUUAAAAAUACAUUAACAAAAUUAUUAAAUUUA